GCAUCAUUCAAGUGGCUCAUUCAAGUGGCUCAUGAGCAGGACGAUAAAAAGUCAGCUGCCCGAGUUGUGCAUCUUGGCGGCAGGCCCUGGGAAAUUUGACGCCCGCAACUUCAAGGAGCUCUUGCAAAGCUCACCGGUUGCCCGCCAUGGUAGCGGAGGGUGGUGCUCAAGGUCCCCUCGAAUCUCCAGUUGCUGGCUUUUAUUUGCCAGCCGUAGGAGAAUUUAUUUGAUUUUGAGGGACUUAGGUGUUUCACUACCGCAACAGAUUUAGAAAGACGUCAUCAUGGCAGGGUUUGUAGACGUCUCUGCACUUUUGCAGAGAAAGUCGUUCAAGCUAGAUCUGGAUUCUGGCAGAGGUGCGGAGGAAGGCGGGCAGAAGAGUGUGGCUCCGAUCGGCCCUCAGAAUGAAGCAACAGCCUCUGAGGUGCCCGUGGGUACAAGGCCUCCCUUCGCUUCUGAACAACGGCUCAAUGGAAAGGUGCCACCGAAGUCACCACAGAGCACAUUGCAGUCAUCUUCUGGGGGAACAACUCCCACAACCCCCUUCCUGCAAACUCUGGUGGGCCUUGUAACUGGGAGUCAUCCCAAUGGGACUUCCAAGGAGAAAGAUGUGGCGGUCAGCAGUGCGCCAAUGGUGGAUGAGUCUGCUUCUGAGCCAGAAGUGAAAGGAGUAGCAGGACAGAGUUUGCCAGUGCCGAUUGCGGAUCGGGGAGACGCUCCAGGUGAAAGUUCUGAAGAAAAGGCAGUAAGGUGGAAUGCAGAUGGGGAACAAUAUCUUCUAGAACCUGAACAAACCCCCAACCUGCAUAGCUCAGGAGCGGAACAAGGUGGCUUUAGUCUGGGGAUGUCAACAGCAGAGACAAAGCCGCAGACACCGAAAGAGGUUGAGCCAUCAGCGGAGGAGCCUGCUAUUAUGGAGAGCGCCAAGAAUGUGGACAUGAGAGCAACUGGGGCUGUCUCUGGGGACUCCACUGCAAGUGUUGCUGAUGUCACCGAGGUGGUUCCAACGGCUGGUGUUGCCAUGGUCGAGAAGCCAGCAUUUAGCAGCGGGGAGCACAGCAUUGUGGAGGCGCCAGAUUCUCUGCAGGGCCACAUGGAUCCCCCCACAGAAACAAAGCAUAUUAUUGCGGUGCAAGCUGGGACUGAUGUGCAGCAAGGGACUGACGGCGGUGUCAAAGAAACUGACGGUGAUACGCAGGCUCCCAUAGUUGACACGGGCGGCCCUGCAGUUGCCCGGCAGGGGAGCGGGCGCUUCUCUAAGGUUGGAGGUUUGUUGAAAAGAACCCUAAGUUUUACCCGGGGCAAGGGCGGGGCCGCUGACGACCGGGGGGGUGAGCUGCCUGGCGAGGAACUUCCCUCGGAGGCGCCUAGCAAGGACUUGGAGGACGGGGACUCGGUAAUAAGCUGGGUGGGUGGCGAAACCAGUAAUGACCGGCCUACCGGUCAGGACCGUCAUGCUGAAGUCAGCAUUGAGGCUCCCGCGCCCCAGGUUGCUAGGGCGGACAGUGGCCGCUUCCGUAGUCUGCUGAAGAAGCUCAUCCCGGGGGCGCCGGACGCAGGGGAAACUGCACCCCCUUCCACGGUAAGGGCAGACGGCGGAGUCCCCGUCCUCGAAACGUUCACCCUGCCGCGAAGCGUCCCCAUCGGAAGCGGGGAACACAACGCCGCCGCGGCCGGCGUCAGUGCCGAGACUCCUGAUUCUCACAGUGCUGGAGUUGACACCAGGACACAGCCUGGAGUUGCACAGCAGGGGAGCGGGAAAAUGGGGGGCUUGCUGCGAAAGCUCAGUUACAAGCAGAUUGCGACGGAAGGGGCAGAAGAGGCGGUAGGCGGGGGGAAUGUGUCCGGAACAGUGUCGGCGGAGGAUAAGGCUUCUGCUUUCCGCAUACCGAAGUACCUGCUUCCUGGGGGGGCUGAGAAGGGGGAAAGAGGCUUGGAGCUGGAGGGAGUGGAGACCCCCCCGGCGAGCCCCAUGAUCGUGUUUGUUGACAGCCAAACUGGGGAAGGCGAUCUGCGGCGAGAGUUGAGCGCGAUUCUGGGGGCGGGCCAGGUAUUCGACACGGCGCAUCUCUCUGCAGCAGACUUCUUGGGAGCGCUCCUCCCGAAGCUGACCGAGCUGUCGCACAAGGGAGACACGGUCGCUGCGGUGGUAAAAGAUAACCUCCGGGUCCUUGUUGUGGGAGAAGAUGCACUCUUCAAAUCAGUGUCGUCGGCCCUGCAAGAAUCGACGGCGGGGAAGAGCAUUCCGGUGGGGUGCAUCCCAGCCAGUGGCCGAAGCAGCCUGGCACAAGCACUGGGCCUGAGUCAAAGUGCAGUGGAAGCCUCUCGGCAGUCGGCCAUGGACCUACUCGUGCAACUGGCGGAUGCCGGGACGCAGAUACUAGACUGCUGGGAGGUUAAGCUAACCACCCACCGGAAGCGCACCGCGAGCAAUCUCCCGGCAUCUCUGAAGACCAUUCCCGUGGAGGGGGGGAAGAGUGACUGGGUGAUUUCACACCAGGGGCUUUGCUUUGGCUCGCUCCACCUUGACAUGGGCUACGUGCGGUCUUCUGAGGCCGGAGGCAACUCGAGGGUCCCGCAACGGAAGGCCGCCGGCUGGUUUUGUGGAGCGUGCUCCAACGAGCCUCUGGUCAUCCGCAGCCAAAACGUGGGGCGGCUAGAGAUCAUUCAGAACGGCAUCUGGAGUUACCUGGAGCUGUCGCCCCAGAUCCGGUCGCUCGAGUUUCUGAACCUUGCCGAUGCGCGGCGCAAGAUGAAGACGCUCGAGAAAAGCGUUGCGGAUGCUUAUGCGGACGACGGCCUCAUCGAGAUUGUGGGGAUUCAGGAGGGGUCCGACACCGAGAUCUGCCUGGCCCAGACAAACGCGGUGCGGCUUGAGCUGUUUGGGAAUGCGGAGGUGGACCACGUGAAGCUGCGGCUGGAUUCAGAGGCAUGGGUGCAGCCACUGGCGGGCGAGAGUAUGACGGAUCCCGCAGUCAUCCAAAUUACGCACGCGGGCCAAACCCCGGUCCUGGUCACCCCGACCACCUCUCUCAAGUGCACCACCCCUGCUGUCGUCCGCCCCCCGGUCUUCGCUCCCCCCCCUCUGGAAAGCCCCUCCGAGAAGGCCCCCGGGCUCUUCCGGCGCAGCGCGAGUCCUUUCCGCAAGGGUGGCCGCUUCCGCAGCGCCAGCCCCUUCCGUAAAGGGUCCCGUUCCCGCCAGCGCAGCCCCAGUCCUGGCCCCCGCCGGUCGCGAGAGGGGCUCGAGAUCGCCCCGGAGCCGUCCGAUGCCGUCCGAACGGCGCCCGACGGCGUCCGAACGGCGGCCAACGGCGUCCAACCGGCGUCCGAGAGCGUCCGAAGCGCGUCCGACCUCGUUGCAAGCGUUUCUGAACGUGUGCGGACGUCCGAGGAGGCUUCUGACACGAGCCGCGCAGCAUCGCAGCCGCGACCCACGUCGACUGAGCGGGUCUUCAGCCCCGCAGGCCGGGGCCGGCGCGCGCAGAGCCCCGUGCCCGGCGGUCGCGCCGACCAGGAGGUCCGGGCCGCAAGCGCUCCGAAACGCCCGCACACGACCCCGACGAACAACCCCACUAAAGACUAUGCGGAAGCGGCAACGGCCGCGGCCCGAGGGGGGACUGGGUUGGGGUCGCGCCGGGCGGGGCUGUCGCUGCCCUGGACGCUCAAGGUGGACAAGCUGGUCGAUACGGACAAGGUGCAACCGCAGCAGCGGCUGGCGCGGACGCCGACGGGGAGCGGGCGGCAGGAGAUCUACGAGCCGGUCGCCAAGACGCUGGUCCGGACAGGAAGCGGACGGUUGACCGGCGACGAGUACGGCCGGCCCCCCUCCCCCUCCCUCUACCGCUCCUCCUCCCGGGACAACCUCGACCAAGCCACUCUCUCCCGCCCCGCAUCCCCCGCUCCGCUCUACCGGUCGUCGUCUCGCGACAAUCUCGAGCAGUUUGGGGGACUCUCCCGACCGGCUUCCCCGGCCUUGAGCCGUCAAAACUCCGGGAAUACCGGGUACUCGCCCCGGGUGAAUGUGCUGCAGCCAACCCGGUCCGAGUCCCCCGUGCAGCUGCGCGAGCGCGACCCGACCCCCGAGCGCCUGCCCCGGAUGGCCGACUGGGCGACCGGGAUGUCGCGGAAGAGUGCGUCGAUGACAUACCACAGCGGAGUCCUCACAAAGCAGGAACGCGAGAACGCCGUAGCCAUUGGGUACGGCAGCACUCUCACCCGGGAAGAGCGAGAGCGAAUGCAGGCCCUCGCGUUUGGCGGGGCCUCUGGUUCCGACCGAGGAGUGACUCCCCAGCGGAUCCGGUCUGCGCGCGCUCGCUACAUCGGCGCCGCAGCUGCUAUGUACAAUAUUCGGGGGCCGCUCGAGCUGGAUUUGGCUACCGACGACAAGGCCGAGAGUCCGCCGCCGCCUGUGCGCACCGCAAGGGAUUAUUUUUCAGGGCCUUUGACCGCGGAUGGCAUUCCGGCAAUGAGAAGGUCGCAUGCUUGAGUUGGCGGCUUCAAAAUGCAGGCGCUGGACAUGCCAAUGGCGCAGGCAUGUGGUGGAGCUCUCACGUCUUACUAUACUGAGCGUAAAGACCGACACUUUGAUGAGACUAUCGGAAUUUUAGUUAUAGCUUUAUAUCUGUUGAGUAUCGCAGGGAGUCAGCCUUCGCUGUCUUGACCGAUUGGAGAGUGGUGGUCUCAGAAGACGGAAAUGCAGUCAUAAGCAGUCAUGUGCUCUGUAGAAACGCUCAAGUGUAAGCCAAC